GUAGCUAGUCUAUCAAUUUGAUAGAUAUGGUUCUAUUCAAGACUGAAUGGCGUAAAGUUUUCUAGAAAUUUAAUAACAUUCGGCUUAAUUUCAAUAAAAUGUGUAAUCAGUGAUAAUGUUUAUAUAAACAUGUAUUAUGUUCUAUUGCACAUAUUCAUUUUUAAUAGGAAUAAGAACGAUUUUUACUUGUCUGUCAGCCAUAGCAACUCGACAACCUAACUAGUAACUAGCUUUUUCCUUUGUGAAUUUCAAACCAGGUUAAAGUUAAUAUGUACCUAUAUUCUACUUUCUGAUGUGAUAUUUAGUUUCGUGUAGUCAUUAUGAUUGUCGGUAAAUGAUUAUGGUGGUGAUUAAAAGCGUAUAUUAUGAUAUAUUUGCAUCGUAACCUCAAUCAAGCGGAAGUGAUUGAAACCCGCUGAUUCAAACUGUAUUCAUAUGUUUGCUUACUUUUAAGUGAAUAAAUUAAAGUGAUAAUACUGGUAUAAUGGUGGAGAUAGGUGCUCCUCAGCAAUCUGCAGACGAUAGUUUAGAAAACGCCGAAUGGUAUUGGGGUGAUAUUACCAGAGAUGAAGCCAAUGAAAAACUGAAAGACACAAGUGAUGGUACCUUCUUGGUCCGCAAUGCUUCCAAUAAAGACAAUGGUUACACAUUAACUGUAAGAAAGGGAGGUACCAAUAAGUUAAUAAAAAUUUAUAAUCAAGAUGGCCGCUAUGGAUUCUGUGAACCUUUUGAAUUCAAUUCAAUUGUCGAUCUUAUUAGAUUUUAUACGGAAUAUUCACUGGAGCAUUGUAAUAGUAGCCUGGACAUCAAACUCAUGUACCCAUUGUCAAGGCAUCAAGAAAAUGAUGGAGGUGAAAACAUCAGUGAUGAAACUUUAGAGACGCGCUACAAAAAUAUCCAUAAAGAAUUUGUAUUGAAAACGAGAGACUAUGAUGAAAGAUCAGACAAAUAUAUGAGACUCAGAGAAGAAGUGAAAUUUAAAAGACAAGCGUUAGAUGCUUUCAAAGAAACGGUGAAAGUAUGCGAGGACCAUCUCAAACUGCAAGAGAAGAUGCAAUCAGAAGCUCAACCGCAUGAAAAGAAUGAUCUUAUCGAAAACAAUAGACAGCUUAUAUCAAAAGUGAACAGCUUUAAACAAGCCAGGGCUCAGCUUCACAACAUACUUAGAGAAACAGUUGAAUCUAAUUUACUAUUGGAAAGAGAAAUAACCAAACUGAAAUCAGAAAUCAUAAAUUUGUACAAAAUAAAAGAUCGCUACAAAAAGUUAUUACAAAGACGGGGAAAAACAGAAGAAUAUUUGCAGGCCCUAGAAGAAGACAAUAUACAUAAGUUAGAAAAACUAUACGCCCACAGAGAAAUGGUAACUUGGAUGGUGGAAAAUUGUACCAGGGAUAUGGCGGAGAAACUACUGAAAGGAAAGCCUCAAGGAACAUUUCUUAUUCGACCAAAUUCUACGGGACAACUGGCACUCUCCAUAUGUUGUAACAAUAUGGUCUACCAUUGUAUAAUUUUCAAGACUGAAAGAGGUUACGGUUUUGCAGAACCUUAUAAUAUUCAUAAAACAUUAAAUGAACUUGUACUACAUUAUGCUGCAAACUCAUUAGACGAACACAAUGAACAAUUGCGAACCUCACUGAAAUAUCCUGUGAAUGCACACUUAGUAAAAAAACCGGAUAAGGAAAUGCAUCAUGAAUCCCACCUUCAGCCAUAUCAUCGCAAACAAAGAAAACAAAGACAGCCUCUGCCGUAAUAUAGCCAUAUCAAAAUGUUGGCCUAAUUCUUUCCUAGUCGGCAUAUGAAUGACAAGACUAGAGUAAUUGAUUCUAAAGUCAAUUUGAUGGAAGCCAUGGAGACAAUGAUGUAGAAGCUUUGGUAAGCUCUCAAAAGCAUAGCUUAGAAGGGCUAUGAGUUUUGAUUGCAAUGUAUUUUGGUCUCGCAUUAUAAUAUUAAACUUUAUCGUCUUCUGAUACAUGUGAUAUAUUUUAUUCAUAUUAUAGUUUAAUAAAAUUUGCUUCAAAGUCAGAUCAACGACAGUAUAUUGAUUUUGCACUCAUUAUUGUUUGUUUUUUAAUUUAAAAGAAAAUAUGAGUAUGGUUCAAAUGUACAAAGUGGUUUUAGUAAUAGAGUAAGUAUUGAUUUGUCAGUGACAUAAUCAUUCAGUGCUAAUUUAUUUAUAAAAUCUCAAUGUACAAUGUAUACUUUGUGAGUGAUAAUAAUUUUUUUUUUUUUAAACACUUAAAAAUUGUAUUAAAUAGAUUUAUAUCAAGUGAAAAUUAUUUGUAUGCAUAUUUGUAAUAACUGCUGUAGUUGUUUUACAGUAAAAAAAAAAGUAGUAGAUGAUAUAUAUUUAACUCUUACAGUAAAAAAAAAUCUAACUCGGUAAAUUAACAUAUAUAUAAAUAUAUAUAAUGUAGUGGGCAAAUCGUUGCUUUCCGACAAAUUCAUAUCUUAAACUCGUUUUAUAUCUAUAUUCUUAUUUUAUUCUUCCUCAAAAUGUAUAAAAAUUACUUAACUUUGUGAUAUAUAUUUAUAGAGUAGACAUUAACAACCAAAUAUUAAGGUAAACCGAAUUUGCCUUUUACAAUGAAAUCUUGUAACACAGAUUAUGUUAUAAAUUAAUAUAUAUGUAAUUACUAAUUAACAUAACUUAUUUGAUACAUUUUUUUAUAUAGAAAUACCUUUUUUUAAAAAUAAUUCCGUAUUUUCUAAACAUGUUCUCUACUCAAAUAUGCAGUUUAAAGUUAAUAUUGAUUUAUAGUGUUUUAUAUAUAUUAAUAUUCAUUGUUUUUAUAUAAACACUGAGAAAUAUUGCUUUAACUCGUAAUACAUAGAAUUAAUCUUAAGUUAAUGAUUAUUUAAGUGAGAUUAUUGAAUUAAAGUUAUUUUUGUAUUUACUUCGAUAGGUAUUAUUAGAUUUUGUAUGUAUAGUAGGUGUUGUUAUACUACUUUUACUUCAUAAAUAUCAAAUAUGUAUCAGGUUGAUAUUAAAUAGUAGUAAAUAAUGAAUAAUUAUGAUCUCAAUGAUAAAUUAGCAAACAAAAUGGGAUGCCAAUAAAUACUUUAACAUUUUAUAGAAUAAAAAAAAUAUUGUCAUAAUAUCGUGUUUAAUUAUGAAUUAAUUUUAAAAUGACAUGAAAACCUUUUAGAACAUCACCACUUUUGUAACAUUGUAACUUCAAGUGUCGAAUAAAAUUAUUACAAUAA